AUGGAGCCGCUCACAAGCCCUAACCCGGAGAAAUUCUCAAAGGCUUUGGGGCUGGCUUUUCAAGGUUCGAAUAGAAAUGGGAAGAUUUGGGUGUUCGUUGUGGAGGGGCCCAGCUUCAUGGUCGAGAGAGAUACGGAUCAGGCCUUAUUCGGCCGUUUUGGAUCCCCUCGCCUAGCUAGCCACUUGUGUGUCUCGACGAUUUACGCAAAAUGCACUAGGUCCGAACGACUCCAUUUAUGGGAUGAAUUGAGGGAGUGCUCUAUACUCAUGGAGGGCACACCUUGGAUGAUCGGAGGGGACUUCAACACCAUUCUCCAUCCGCGAGACAAAGUAGGGAGUGACACAAACCGCCAAGCCGAAAUGGUGGACUUUGCGGAGGCCAUUGAGGACUGCAGGAUACUAGACCCGGGCUUUGAUGGGUCGGAGUUCACGUGGGCCAAGAAUGGCCUCUUCGAAAGAUUGGAUAGAAUCCUUGUGAACGAACGGUGGGCACAAAGUUUGGAAACUACUCGGGUGACGAACCUGCCCCGGAUUGCCUCGGACCACGGGCCUGUGUUGGUAAGAUGCAAAGUGACAAGCAACAACAUCGGGGGAAGGCCAUUCAGGUUCCAAAACAUGUGGAUUAGGCACGAAGGAUUUGAGGACCUUGUACGGGGAGAUUGGAUCCAACCGACGGAGUCCGAAGGCCUCCUCAAUUUCCAAAUCAAACUUGCUCGGUUAAAGAGAACCCUAAAGGUGUGGAACAAGGAGACUUUCGGGAACAUAACAACCUCAGGGAUAUGGAGGCGAAAAUUGCAAUGGCCAAAAGUGAUUUCGAAGGAAGGCCAACCCGGAGAACAUGACAGAGAUCAAUAG